ACCAACGUAGUGGCGGUUCUGUACAUGCUUGCUGUAGCGACAGUGGAAAAAGGUUUUGCUUUGCUGGACACCUAAGCGGGUUUUGACGUUUAUUCAUCGCCAUGUCGUCUCUUCUCAAGGUCGACCGCGACCUGAAAACCAGGGUGGAGACAUUCAGGGAGCAGAUCAGCAGUGAGGCCGAACACCUGGUCGCCAGCUUUUUCCCUAAAAAGCUCCUGGAGUUGGAUCAAUUUCUCAAGGAGCCGAUUCUCAACGUUGUUGACCUGAAAGAGAUCCAUUCAGAUAUCAAGUUCAAAGUCCCAGAGCCGAUCCUCUUCACUAACAGCCAUGAUGGUGUGGACUUGAACACCAAGAAGAGGAAACUAGAAGGUGGAGUCCCUCAAGAGAGCUGGCAAGGAGGAACCAAAUCAAUGGUGGUGCCAGAGGAGAUGAUGAGAUGUAACACCAAGCUGGUGGACCUGAUUGAACAAGUCAAACCAGAGAUCAGGACAUUGAUUGAGAAAUGCAACACAGUAAAGAUGUGGGUCCAGCUGCUCAUCCCCAGAAUAGAAGAUGGAAAUAACUUUGGAGUCUCCAUACAGGAGGAGACAGUGGCGGAGCUGAGGACGGUGGAGUCUGAAGCAGCAUCCUACUUGGACCAGAUCUCCAGAUAUUACAUCACGAGAGCCAAGCUGGUCUCCAAAAUUGUCAAGUACCCUCAUGUGGAGGACUACAGGAGGACCAUCACAGAGAUUGAUGAGAAGGAGUACAUCAGUUUGAAAAUCAUUGUUUCAGAGCUCAGGAAUCAAUAUGUGAUUCUUCAUGAUAUGAUCCUGAAGAACAUUGAGAAGAUCAAGAAACCCAGAAACAGCAACGCUGAAGCUCUUUACUGACGACCCCUACAAAACACACAUAGAAGCACACACACACACACACACACACACACACACACACACACACACACACACACACGCAUAGAGAAACACAAAACGAUUCAUUCUAGCUUUAGCUAGUACCUGAUGGUUUUGGGUGUUUUUUUACAACCUCAAAACAAUUCAUGACGUGUCAAAUCAGAUGCUGCCUUUGGACCGACGGUGUGCUGAUAUUCAGUAUUGAAAAGUUUAAAUAGAAUGGAGUUCACAAUUCAGAAUGUGGAACCAGAGUGAGCUGUAAACAUGAUACAUGAUAUGAUGUAGAGGAAGCUAUAAAAAUGCAUGUGAAAAAAAAAAAGACACACACACAUACACACACACCUCCAUCUUUGAUUUUCUGUCCUUACUCUGCAGUCAACAAGCUUUCUGACACUCAACCUUUAGUUUUGGCUUUCCAGUUCUCUGGAACCUGACCUCAGACUGUUUAUUUUUUUUGUUGUUUUUUUUACACCCAUAAUCAUCCUGACUGAAGGCUGCUGUAGCAAAGACCGCCUUCAUGGCCGUCCUCCAAUCUGCUCCACUGGGACUGAAGCUCAGAGAUUCCUGCUGGUUUCUCUUCCUGUCCGGAUUAUCUGUAGGUUUACCCCCCCCUCGGAUAAAUCCCAGGAUUUAUCAUCUGUUUUUGAAGGGUCUUUUUUUGGCUCCAUGUUGCCUGACCCACCCAGGGAAGUUUUUCUUUGUCCAGUCUUCUCCCGGUUGACCUCAAACCGUCAAGGGACUCUCUUCUCAAAGUUUCUCUGGGCUUCUGAAAACAGCUGUAGUUGUGUAGUUUUAGUGUUGCAGUUAUCUUGACACAGAGAUUUGACUGUACAGUUUAUAAAGACAUAAUGGAG